AUGGAACUUCUCACAAGAGUAGCAUCAGACAUCAGAUCAAAUCAAAAUGAAUAUGUCCAAUUUUUCGAAACAGGAACAAUCCCAAUUCCCCUUAAUCUAAUACAAGUAAUGGGACAAAUGACCGAUGAAUCAUAUACCACCCUAGUGCAAAAUACGGUAGUUAUGUCCCAAUUGGAUAGUGUGGUGUCUCAAUUACCUUGGUAUAAUUCUCGAAUUGCAGGUAAAGGUAUUCCAUCUGUUACUGCUGCGGAUGUGAGUGUGAGUGCAGCUUCGGUUUCUGGAAGUGAAAGCCAUGAAAAUGCUGCUGGUGGAGUUUAUAUGGGUCGUUCUAGUGGGAUGUUUGCCUCUUUUGCUGGAAUAUUAUUGGCUUUGAUUUAG